GAUCCACGCAGGCGGCUUCGAAGGCUGUCUGGCUGCGCGCGUGGGACCCGGGGCGGUUCGACUGGAAGGAGGAGAAGCAGGAGAGAGAAGCAGGCCGGCUCCCGAGGGGAAGGGGAGCACUUUCUGUGGCUGCAAAGGGGGCUCGGGUCCCACUCUGGCCCCCCUCCAAAGUGCAGAAGGCGUGGGGAGGGAGCGGGGGGCGGGGCCGAGCAGGACUCCGCCCCCGAGAGGCCUCUGCGUCUUGUCUGGGAAAGACUACACCCCCCAAGAUGCUUUGCCGGACUCUCCCUGGGGUUCCGGAUGCUGCUGACAAGCGAAGGUAAGCAGCAGUCGGGCUGAGGAGGAGAAGCAGGAGCAGCAGGAGCAGCAGCUCGAGCUCGGAAGAGCCGAGGAAAAGGAGAGGAAGAGAAGGAAGGAAGGAAGGAAGGAAGGAAGGAAGGAAGGAAGGAAGGAAGGAAGAGGGAGGAGGAGGAGGCUGCAGAGCCAGAGGCACACAGAGAGGGAAGAGGAGCCUGCCAGGCUCGCCUCCGCCUUUUGUGCGGCGGGUUUGCCAAGGGAAGGAAGGAAGAGAGGAAGAGGAAGAGAGGGAGGCGGAGAGAGAGAGAGAGAGAAUGUGAGCAGCAGCAGCAGCAGAAAGAGGAGGAGGAGGCGGCUGAGGAGGACGAUGCUGUCUCUGAAGGUUGGCACAGAAGCCGAAGCCGAGCCCGGCCCUGGGCAGGGGGGCAGCCAGGCCCCCGCCUCCUCCUCCUCUUCCUCCUCCUCUUCUUCUUCCUCCGCCUCCUCUUCCUCCGCCUCCGCUUCGCUUCUGGAAGAGAAGAAGAGCCUCCUCCGCCUCCUCCCGGGAGCUGCCCAGGAGCAGGAACAAGGGCAGGAGCAGCAGCAGGAGACCCAGACCCCGACCCCGACCCAGGAGGACCCCAGCCCCGCGGAUGGGAGCUCCAUUGCCUGCCAGCCUGUUGGACUGGAAAACGGAGCCAACCCGCCGGCCGAAUGGUUCCCGCGCAGCCAAGGCCCAGGGCUGCGCCAGCCCAACAGUGAGGUGGAUGAUGGUAGUGAGAGGAACUUCAGGGUGAACCUUCACUGCAAACACGGGCGGCCCAGAGAACUCAAGUGUAACAGCAGGAGCAGCAAAGCAGAAGGUCCGUCCCCUGCCUUUGCAGACAUCCGUCCGGCCAAUUGUUCUUCCAAGAGGCACCCUGGUGAAGAUGACCUGCGCAAGCGGCUGAAGUCCCAGGCCCCUCCGGCACCGCCAACGGGAGGUCCCGUCUGCGGCUCUCCCGAUUCCUCCCAGGCAGAGCAUCCCGCGCAGAAAGUGUCGGCGUGUCUGGCGGAGAAGGCCUUGUCGUUCAGCAUGCUCAGUUUCCCAGAAGGCUCUUGUUCAGUGUUAGGUCGUGAGCACAAACCGGGCCUGCUGCAUCCCUCCGAGACCGCUGACCGAUACAAGAGCCUUCACCCUCAGAGCAGCACCAAGGCGGAGGACCAGGCCGCAGGAGCGGAGGAGGCGGUGGCCGCGCACGAGAGGACCGCCAGGACCUUCUCCAACGCCACGCUCGCUUCGGGGAGGUGCAACAUCGACAACAUCAUCUCCCUGCUGAAGAGCAAGUGUGGCAAUGGCCGCAUCAACCUCUACCCGGUGGUGCAGCUCAUAGACAUCAUGAAGGACAUCAACCGCCUCUCCCAGGACUUGAAGAGCUGUGGUGCUCACCUGGAUUGUAGCAAUUUGCAGGUCAACAGCCACCCGUCCCUCAGCGAGGAAGGGCGGGACCAGGGCCUGCAGUACAGCUUCUACUCCUCACCCGCGCUGGCCAACAGCAUCCGCAGCCCCGAGGAGGUCACGGCGCAGGGCAGUGACAAAACGGAGCUGCCUAAAGAGACCCAGCCCAUCCUCUAUAUGGGAGAACUAGAUGAGGGCACUGCGGGCGCCCCGUUUCAAGAAUGCCAGAGCAGCCCUGCGUUGAAGGUUCCCGCCAGCCUAGAUGAAGCUAGCGGCUCAGAAUCGGAUACCACCGACCAUACUGAGCUGGCCGAUACCGAUAUCCUGAGUGAACUGGCUUCGCUGGCGUGUCCGGGUCCCCCGCUGCUAGAGCAGCCAUCGCUGGAGUCCCACCCCCAGUUGCUACAAAGCCUAGAGUCACGGUCCCCGUUGAUGGGUUCGCAGGCUCUAGAACAUCAUCAGCCUCAGCUAGUAGACUCUAAAUCUCUAGAGCCUCCUCCAGAACCGAUGGCCCUGCAGACUGUGGAGCCCCUGCCUGAACCUUUGGGGCUGCAAAGUCUGGAGCCUCUCGAGCUGCAGAACCUAGAACCCUUGUCUGAAUCACUGUCGCUGCAGUCCCUAGAACCCCUUUCCGAGCCUCUGGGGCUCCAGUCUUUGGGAGCUCUAGACCAUCCGUUGCUGGACUCCCAGGCCCAGCUUUUGGAUCCAGAGGCCCAGCUGCUAGACUCCCUGCCCAAGUUGUUAGAUCCCCAGACCCAGCUGGAGGCGGAGGCUUCUCUGAGGGUCCAUUCGCUCCAGCCGGGAUCGCGCCUCGGAGGCUGCUCCCCGCGGGGAGUGAUGAGGCGCGGGGCAGGGCGAGGAAGGGACGACCACAGGAAAUACGCUCUGCGGAGAACAGAUAAACCAAAGAUACUCUGCCGCCGGCGGAGGGGAGGCCGGGGGCGGCGAGCCGAAAUAGCCGCAGAGACCCGAGUCCUCCCCAUGCCCGUGCCCGUUGAGGUGGUGAUGGCGCAACCCGAACCACCCAAGAUGCCGGUGCCUGUCAUGACGACUCUGCCAGUGAAUCAAGGCGUGGAGCCCCUUCUUCCUCCGCUGGAGUCUGGAGAAGGCGUCCCGCAGGUUGUGCCCGCAAACCUGCAGCCGCUCAAGCCCAAGUGCCGUGGGAUACGCAGGAUGGUGGUGAAGAUCGCCAAGAUCCCCGUCUCCCUCGGCAGGAGGAACAAGACGACCUAUAAAGUCUCCUCCCUCAACAGCAACCUGAGCCUGGAAGGCAAAGAAAUCACAACCUGCGCCUCGUUGGAGCCAACUCCCCUGCUGAAGAUGAAGAAUAAUGGGCGCAACGUCGUUGUGGUCUUUCCUCCUGGGGAGAUGCCCAUCAUCCUGAAGCGCAAGCGGGGGAGGCCUCCGAAAAACCUGAUGUUGGGACCCUGCAAGCCCAAGGAGCCCACCCCAGAGGUGAAGAAGCGGAGACGGAGGAAACAGAAGCUGGCGUCCCCGCAGCCCUCCUACGUCGCUGACACCAAUGACAGCAAAGCGGACUACUCCGACGUCCUGGCGAAGCUUGCCUUUCUGAACCGCCAGAGCCAGUGUUCGGCCCGCUGCUCCCCGCCCCGUUGCUGGACCCCAACCGAGCCAGACUCCAUCCACCAGGCCCCCGACACGCAAAGCAUCUCCCACAUCUUGCACCGGGUCCAAGGCUUCCGCCGGCGUGGCGGCAAAGGAGGAGGCUUUGGGCGCGGAGGAGGACACUCCGCCCGCUCGUCUCAUUGUUCCUUCAGCGAUUUCUUUGAAGGGAUUGGCAAGAAGAAGAAGGUGGGCCCGGGAGGAGCCAUGCACGCCGACCCCAUCCACCCGCGGAAGAGAGGCCGACCAGAGCCAGACUCCAUGGAGAAGCCCAAGAGGAAGAGGAGGUCCCGCAAAAACGGGGUGCUCUUCCCAGAACAGAAUCCCAGCCAGAACUUUGGCGACGGAGCCUCCGACUGGUGUGGAGACAAGGAGAGCCUUUGGGUCUCCCACCACGGACACCUCUCCAGCCAGACCAACAGGAACUGCAGCUAUCAAGACUCGCGGACCUUUCAUUCUUCAGCCCUGGAGGCGUGCUCUUCAAGCCGGACCGGUUUUUACAGCGGGAGCAAUCCGUCCUCACAAUCGGAGCUGAGUCAGGAGAGGCAGAACCUUUUCACGGGCUACUUCCGCUCUCUGCUGGAUUCCGACGACUCCUCUGACCUGCUGGACUUUGCCCUCUCGAAUACGCGCUCCGAGUCACGGAAGUCCACCACCACGUACACAGCCCCUCCCAACGCCAUCGCAACCCAGAGAGGCAUGGCGUCUUACCCAACCAGGGGAGGCAAAACCACGGCCCCGACCACUACUACCGCCACUACUGAGACGCCUUUCCAUACAGCCAUGACCAACCGGCAGUCGUUCCCUCCCAGCAGAGCCCCCGGAUACAACCUUUCCCAGACGGCUUCUGAAUGCCGCGGCACGGACGCCUACCAGAAGCUGGCCUCUCUCUCGGCUGUGUCCAGAUCUCCCACUGCCCACUCCACGGUGGCCUCUAGCUAUGCACAGUACGGCAACUAUAGCAGUGGCGGGGGGCAGAGCGUCACGCCCUCCAGCUUGUUUCAGCAAGCCAAGUCCUACCACGCCGCCACACAGGACUGUCCCAACAACAAAGACUGCAGCUUCACCUACGGCAGUGGCAACAGCCUGCCUUCCUCGCCAAGCAGUGCCCACAGUGCCAGCUACGCCCAGCAGGCUUCGGGCCCCAGCUUGCCGUUGAGCAAGGCCUCCUUCUUCAACAGCUCCGACCCCGGCCAGUUCUCGAGCUCCUCCCACACCCCCAUGAGAUGUGACAGCCGGGCAAGCACCGUGUCUCCCGGUGGCUACAUGGUCCCUAAAGGCUCAGCUUCUUUCCAGCCCUCCCCUGAAAAUUGUCGGCAGUUUCCCAGUGCCUCCCAGUGGGCCUUCCGGCAAGGCUAUAGUAACCUGGACUGGAACGCGGAGACGUUCAACCAGCUCUACAACCCAGGUUUUGAUUGCCACAUCAACGAGCCCAACGUCAUCCUGGACAUCUCCAACUACACGCCCCAGAAGGCCAAGCAGCAGACCGUCUCGGAGACCUUCUCUGAAUCCUCCUCGGACAGCACUCAGUUCAACCAGCCGGGCGGCUACCGAAGGGCCAACAGCGAGGCUUCGUCGAGCGAAGGCCAGUCGAGCCUUUCGAGCCUGGAGAAGCUGAUGAUGGACUGGAACGACUCUUCUUCGGCCCCAGGCUACAACUGGAAUCAGAGCGUCUUAUUCCACAGCAGCUCCAAGCCUGGGCGAGGCCGGCGGAAGAAAGUAGAUAUCUUCGACACCGCCCACCUGAACUUCUCGACCGGGGCCUACCCUUCCAAGAGGGGCACCGGGGCCAGGCAGCCGCGAGGGUCCCGGGGUGCCUGUGCCUCCAGGAAAGAGAGGGGCACGGGCAAGAACAAGUUCCCUACCAAAUCCCAGGCGGUGAACCCGCCGUUUCAAGACAGUACGGAUCUAGGUCUGGACUACUACAGUGGAGACAGCAGCAUGUCCCCCUUGCCCUCCCAGUCCCGGGGCUUUGGGCUCAGCGAAAGAGACCCCUGUGACUACACCGGGCCCUACUCCAUGAACCCCUCCACCCCAUCUGAUGGCACCUUUGGGCAAGGCUUCCAGAGCGACUCUCCCGGCCUGGGACAGACGGACCUGGAAAGCAAGCAUUUCCCGGCGCUGCCCCACCAGCUUGCCGCCCCGCCCCCUCCGCAGACUGUGUUUGAAGCAGGCUUGCAAAAGGCUUUCUCGCCCAACUGCUCCCCAACCCUGGCCUUCAAGGAGGACUUGCGGCCGAGCGACAUCCGGAAGCUUCCAGCCUGCGACUCGCUCAAGCACGGCAUGCCGGGGACCGCAGGCAUGCCACAUUCGGGCGUGCACAUGACCUGCCGGGACCUGCCGAUGUCUCAGCCACACUACGACUCGCCCAGUUGCAAAAACCCCGGUUACUGGUACUCCCCCACCUCGAGCACCCGCAGCCCCCCCUACGACAACAAAGCGGGAGUUGGGAUGCUGGUGGACUUUAUGGGGAGGAGCCCGGAGGCCUCCUGCCUCAACCCCCACCUGGCCAGCCCCCCCAGCACCAACCCCCCCAAGACUGAGAAAGAGCCCAUGGACAUGGCGAGGGCUCACCACCGAGGGGCUUACAUUUGCCCUUUGAUGAAUGACUUGAACAUCUCCCCCAUCCCAAGGGACUCCAUGCUGCCACUCCAGGACAACUAUAGGUACCCCAGCUUUGCGCCCCAAGGGCACCCCAUCAUGACUGCGGCCCAAAAGAGUGGGUUUUUGGGGCCAAUGCUAGAGCAACACCCAGAAGACACUUUCACAGUCACCUCAUUGUAGUGUCAUCUGAAGUGCCAACCAGACAACGAGGUUUUGUUUCAGGAGUACUUUAGCCAGCACUUUUUCUGGAACACUUUUCAAGUUCUGUAUUUAAUGGAAGUCAAAAGCUGAUCUUUUUUUGUUCAUUUGUUGGUUCUUUUGGGUUUUCUUUUUCUAAAAAAAAAAGAUUGGAAAGAGAGGGGAAGGAAAAGAAGAAAGAACGAAAGUGGAAAGAAGAAAGGAAGAAAAGAAAAAUAUAUUUGGGGGGAGAGAAAUAAACUUGAUUUUUUUUGAGAAUGGCAUGGAGGCGAUUUUGUUUUAACCAGACUGUGUCGUCGGCCCCUUUCCCGCCCCCAUGCCCCCCAUCACCCACCCACCCACCCACCCCCAUCCAGCAAAAAGACAAUCGAAGGGUUCCAGGCACCACCCAGGCGGAGUGUGAGAACAUGAGGGUCUCCAUGUUCCUUCUCGCCAGCCAGCCAGCCAGCCUCCCACCCACGGCAUGCAUACGAGGAACACACCGGAAGGCAACAGACCCAGGCCGGCCACGGAGGAGAGGACAUUUAUUUUUCCCUUCUUUCAGCCGGGGAGAGGGACGGAGGGGAGGAAAUGACGGACUCAAAUGAAAACUCACUAAUGGAGACUGAACACUUGGCAUUUUCCUCCUCAUCAUCUCCCAACCCUUUCUCUUGUGCGGGUUUCUUAUUUUUCUCCCAGUUUGUUUGCCUGCAUUCUUGUUUUUCUUUUUCUUUUUUUUGGAAAUGCUUUUGUUGCUUACUUUUUUUGGAGAGCCCAGGAAUUUUGACAAGUCUGUGAAUGGAUCUUGGAAACGCCAUGACAUCCCAUUUCCAUGCUCAAGAGGAAGAAGACCCUCCCUCGGCUCUUGCGACAGACUGGGGCUGCUCUUGACAUUGUGGGGCGGGAUAGGAAGGAGUGGGAGCUGCACCGGAAGGACCCUCACCCACCCACCCACCCACCCAGAAGGCCCGUCACGAAGACAGAAGCCUGGCCUGGCCUUGCCUUUCCCGCCCCGUCCCGCCCUCUCUCUGUGUCCCCGUGCCCCCCUGUGUUGCUGCCUGUCCCGACCGACCCCCGUCUCUGUCCCCAAAAUGCUUUUGUCUCCUCUGUCGAGAAGCAAGCGAGGGGGUGCGAAGAGCAGUUCUGGGGGGGGGGGGGGCUUGGCUUUUCUUUCUGCACAAAACCAGCAAUUGUAAAUACUUUUCAGAAAUUUUAAAAAAAGAAAGUUAAAAAAAACAAUACAAAAGAGCAAACACAAUGGAAACACACACACCCAGACACACACACAAUGUUUUUGGAAGAUGAAAAGGGAGAAAAAAAAGAGAGAAUCUAGACCAAGUCAAGGCAGGAGAGAAGCUCAUGGUGUCAGGAAUGCACUGAGAAAAAUCGUAUUUGCAGAUUGACAAAAAAAGUAACAAGAACCUAUUUAUUGUACAUAAUGUUUUAUUAUAAAUCGUGUAUUGUAUAUUGCAUCUGUACAUCUGCUGUGGUUUUGUGAUGUGCAAAAAAUUUACGCAUGGGUUUUCAUUGAGGAUUUUUCGGUUGCUUUUUAUUGUUUCAAGGGAGGGGGCGGGAUUAUUUUUUAAAAAGACGAAAUCGUUGGUUGGUUGGUUUGUUUGUUUUUCUUUUUUGGCAGUUACACACCCAAAGAUCCCAAAAUUUGUAUUUUCAAAAGAAAAAAUAAUAAUAAUGAAAUCUAGGAGGAAAAAAAAACCGAUUGAAGAGAAGCAAGUCACCCUCUUGCGUUGGGAAAGAGAGGGGAGAAGGAGGGGAGCAACGGCAUUUUUUUCCGAGUUCUCUUCGGCCACUUUGUAAACCGAGAAACGAGUAUAUUCCUUCCUUCUUGUGUGCCCCACCCUCCUUUUUUUUUUUUUUGCGCCGGUGCUGAGCUCAGGGUGUGCGUGGACGUGUGCUUGCGCGUGCGCAUGUGACGAAUCCCCCCUUCCCUUUUUUUUGUCCUGACUUCUUUACUUGUCCGUCCGUCCGUCCGUCCCCCCAAUUCCCCACCUUCUCCUGGAUUUGGAAUCCUAUGUACAGCUUUGUAGAUUGUGCAAAAGGAAAGAAAGAACGAAAGAACGCAAAAAUGAACACAACCAAGGAUGCACCCCACUCCCAACUUGCGUUGUCCGUUUCUGAUUGGGACUGUGCAACUCAACGUGCCACUUGGAGACGGAACACACCUCCUGGGUCUCACCAUAUCAGCUCCUGCUUGCUUGCUUCCCUCCUUCCUUCCUUCCUUCCUUCCUUCCUUCCUUCCUUCCUUCCUUCCUUCCUUCCUUCCUUCCUUCCCCGGGCCAAGUUGCCUUCAUCCACCGCCCCCCGGGACCCCUCUUUUUUUUUGCUUUCCCCUCUUCCCCUUGCACCCCAACUGGUCUUUUUGUGUAUUUAGGAAGGAAUUUUUAAUAGACACUUUUUUAUAUUAAAAGAAACCUAUAUAUUGA